AUGGUGAGUUUCAUCACCCAAAAGUUGUUGGGAGAAGGCUCGAAGGAGACAAUUUCCAUCACCAAUGCAUGCAACUGGAUGUCGAGAUGUGCUACCGGUUCAAACGUGGCCUUACACAAGGUGGCCUACCAGAGUUCUACAUACGUUUACCUCAACUACGACACCAGUGCGGGAAAUGCAGUUGACGGCAACACCAACAGUAGACUAGAAGACAACUCCUGCACACAUACCAUCACCGGCGACGUGAACACGUGGUGGUUGGUGGACUUACUAGAUGUGUACGAGGUCACCAAUGUAACACUGUGGAACAGAGACAUUGUCGCUGAUCGUCUUCAAAACCUAGUUCUUCAAGUGGGAAGCCAACUGCCGGUUGUUUUACCAAUCCCUCAAGCGGAACUCUGUACGGCCUUUCCUGGAACAGUUGGUGCGCAGGUGACCUUGACCUGUGACGCACCUGUGAUUGGUCGAUUUUUCAUAGUCCGAAAAGUCCAUGUGUCCGGGACAGAUGAAUAUCUGACAAUGUGUGAAGUUGCUGUCAGAGGGAAUUUAAUAAAAUCAGACUGUGGUCCACAGUGUCUCAAAGCGGAAGUAGGAAAACGGUUCAUGACUGACAACGCCAGCAAGUUCGUCACCGUACUUUCACCUGCUGAAUGCGCGAGUGACUGCCACCGGAACAUCCGCUGUCUCGGCUUGAACUACGAGAUGUCAACGGGAACCUGCGAGAUGAUAUAUAAGCUAAAACCCUCUGUGGAGCAACUGACCAACGCUCCCGGCUGGAAAUAUUAUGGAUAUAAUAUCUGUUGAAAACCAUUUCCUGUCCUGGAGUGUGAAUUACCUUACUCCAUCACCACAGUCUGUUAAAAUAACACCUGUGCAAAAGUAAUAACUGAUGUAAAUAGUGUCGGGCUUGAGGCCAUAUGGAUACAGGUUAAAUGCAAAUCUGGAACAUAUUACCGAUGAAAACACUCAAUAUUGGAAUUGAAUAAAUCAAUCAAUACGCAAUGCUAUUGAUCUUUAUGAAUUAAUUCGUUAUUGUUACUGGCGAUUUUAAUAUUCACAUACUCCAGGAUAACAAUUCAACAAUAACGAACAUUUGCAAUCUACAUCUCUAACAAUAUCAUCAUGCUAUCAUGAUGACACCUAACUCUAAAGCAUUGAUAGAGUUGUUUGUAUCAAGUGUUACCGAGGUCAGAUGCCAUUUGUAGCGAUCCAGUAUGUAGCGAUCUUUUGUAAAAUUAUUUUCCUCCAGUAUGUACGUCACAAAGCAUUCCACCAUUCUAAUUUAUGGCAAGAUUGUCUAAACGCAACAUCUCCUCUUGAGGAAGUUUAGAAACUACUCAUGCUUAAAUGCUAAUAUCCUCUUUACAUCAUAUUACGUACUUUAGAUCAUCGCAUCACCAUGCUUCAGGUCGUCAGAGGCAAGUUCGCGAUAUCUCUUACUGAUUUUACUGACCGGUGUCCAAAACCUGUCCGAAAUUAUUUGAAGCGCCUUAAAAUCACGCAGAAUGUCGUACUGUGAAACUUGCCAGGUCUGAAAACUCUCUGUUCAAAAUGGUUUUCUCAGUAAUAAAUCAUUAAAGCUCAGUAUGUGCUCUGUGUGACUAUGGAUAUGCAGGGAUAUUUUUCAACAUGUGACGCACCCAUCUUAUGCAAAACAUAUCGCCUCGAUAAGGGGAGGGGUAGGGCUGUUUCAUUGGUUGUACACAGUGCAAAACAAAAGGGUAGU